AGCUCAGCCUCUUGGGAGCCUGGGGUAGAGAGAUGGCCUCUCCCUCUGACGCUGCAGGCUAACAGGACAAGGGUGAUCUCGAAGGUUCGCCCUGGACAGGUAUCCGGAACCUACUUUCAGGCUUCUGAGAGGUGACCAUCCUCCUGCGAAACCGAGUCGGGUGCAGGGAUUGAGGGCUGGCCAGGAAGGAGAGACAGACAGGCAGGAACUAGGCUUCUUAAAGCUUUAAAACCCCAGGAAAUCGCAGCAUCGCUGGACGGGGAAGAAAAUGAAAGACUUUGGAAGUCGCCAGGAAUUUGACUCUGCGAGUUGGUUUCCAAGAGCCUAAGUUAGGAUCUCCAAGUGGAUAUUAAAAGGGAGCAGCCAGACUCCAGCGGUGGGGGCUGGAGGGGGUGGAGAGGGGAGGUGCUGCCGGAAGCCGCGCUGGACUGGUGGCCACCGGAGGCCAGGCGGCCCGUCUGCACGCAGGGAGACAGCCGACCCCAGCACCCCGCAUCCCGUCCCGUCGAGGCCACCCUGGCCUCUUCUCCCACCUCUUCUUCCUUCUUUAGCUCCUGUCCUUGCACUCCCCACUCCCUCCUGGGGCAGAGACAAUGGUACUUCAGUUGGGAGCAGAGACAUAUGACCAACACAUGGAAAUGUGGUAAUUUGGAUGUGUUCGUGAUUGCAACAGAUUGAAGAAAUUAGACCAGACAAAGAGUGUGUGAGGAGGAGGAGGAGGAGGAGGAAGAGGAGGAGGAGGAGGCGGAGGAGGGAGGGCAACUGGGUGAGAAAGAGGAGGAGGACGCCUCUGCACAGGGGACACCGGCAUCCUGCCCGCCUGCCUGGCUGCUGUAAAUACGUCCAUAGGAAUGGAGAGAGACCGCAUCACAGCCUUGAAGAGAUCUUUCGAGGUUGAGGAGGCUGAGCCCCCCAACUCCACUCCACCCCGGAGGGUCCAGACCCCACUGCUUCGAGCCACAGUGGCUAGCUCCACCCAGAAAUUCCAGGACCUGGGUGUGAAGAACUCAGAGCCCACUGGCCGCCAUGUAGACUCCCUGAGCCAGCGUUCCCCUAAGCCAUCCCUACGGAGGGUCGAGCUGGUGGGGCCCAAGUCAACGGAACCGGUGUCACGGCGCACUGAGCUCUCUAUUGAUAUCUCCUCCAAGCAGGUGGAGAACAUGGGCGCUACCACUGGGCCCUCCCGAUUCGGGCUCAAGAGGGCUGAGGUGCUAGGCCACAAGACACCAGAGCCAACCCCUCGGAGGACGGAGAUCACCCUUGUCAAGCCCCAGGAGUCAGUUCACCGCAGGGUAGAGACCCCUGCUUCCAAGAUCCCCGAGGUGCCCAUUGCCCCCACCGCUGACACAGCCCCCAAGAGGGUGGAGAUCCAGGUGCCCAAGCCAGCUGAGGCACCCACCUGCCCACUCCCGCCCCAGACCCUGGAGGACUCCGAGCCCCCGAUGUCUCAGCUGCAGAGCAGGCUGGAGCCCAGACCCCCUUCGGCUGAGGUCCCACACCAGAACCAGGAGGCCUCCGAGGUGGCUCCCAGCUGUGUUGGUGACAUGGCCGACAGCCCUAGAGAUGCCAUGCUCAAGCAGGCACCCAUGUCUCGGAAUGAGAAGGCCUCCGUGGACUUCGGCUAUGUGGGGAUCGACUCUAUCCUGGAGCAGAUGCGCAGGAAGGCCAUGAAGCAGGGCUUUGAGUUCAACAUCAUGGUGGUUGGGCAGAGUGGCCUAGGGAAGUCCACCUUAAUCAACACCCUCUUUAAAUCCAAAAUCAGCCGGAAGUCGGUGCAGCCCACCUCGGAGGAACGCAUCCCCAAGACAAUCGAGAUCAAGUCCAUUACUCACGAUAUUGAAGAGAAAGGGGUCCGAAUGAAGCUGACGGUGAUUGACACUCCAGGCUUCGGGGACCACAUCAACAACGAGAACUGCUGGCAGCCCAUUAUGAAGUUUAUCAAUGACCAGUACGAGAAGUACCUGCAGGAAGAGGUCAACAUCAACCGGAAGAAACGCAUCCCAGACACACGUGUCCACUGCUGCCUCUACUUCAUCCCAGCCACCGGCCACUCGCUCAGACCUUUGGACAUUGAGUUCAUGAAGCGCCUGAGCAAGGUGGUCAACAUCGUCCCUGUCAUUGCCAAGGCUGACACACUGACUCUGGAGGAGAGAGUGUACUUCAAACAGCGGAUCACUGCAGACCUGCUGUCCAACGGCAUUGAUGUGUAUCCCCAGAAAGAGUUUGAUGAGGACUCAGAGGACCGGCUGGUGAAUGAGAAGUUCCGGGAGAUGAUCCCAUUUGCUGUGGUGGGCAGUGACCACGAGUAUCAAGUCAACGGCAAGAGGAUCCUCGGGAGGAAGACCAAAUGGGGCACCAUUGAAGUUGAGAAUACCACUCACUGUGAGUUUGCCUACCUGCGGGAUCUUCUUAUCAGGACGCACAUGCAGAAUAUCAAGGACAUCACCAGCAGCAUCCACUUCGAAGCCUACCGUGUGAGACGGCUCAACGAGGGCAACAGCGUCCUGGCCAAUGGGGUCCAGGAGAAGGACCCAGAAGCCCAGGAGAUGUAGACACCACCCGCCCCCUGGACCCUGCCCCCAAAUCUUUCCAUCUUCCCUGGCCCGCCCACCUGCCUGUCUUAUUUUAUAUAAUUAUCUCCAUUUGUCACCGUUUCCCAUCUCUUUUCACGCUGCAGGUUAACAAGGGAAGGCGCACCUGCCAGGUGUGUCCAUAUUGGCUGCAGCAGGAGGGUGGGGGGAAAAUGCUGCCUGGGCCUGACUCUGGGUCACCCCCCGACCCAACCCCAGUGCUAGGAGGGCUAGACUGGACCCUGCUCCUGAGGGGCUAGAAGAACUUGUGUCUCUGCCCACUCUCUCGAGUUCUGAGCCGGAGCCUGUGGGGACCAGGUCCAGGGGCACAGAGGAGCCCACUGGACCAUAACUCCCCAUGGCCACAGCCUCAGGUUGGUCCAAGGCUAUGUCCAGGGGAGGAGAGAGCUGGCCCUGGAGCCCUUCUGUCCCUCCAUGAGGCAUGGGUCAUCAUUCAUAGAACCCUUGCCCGCCUGCUUCCAGCGGAAACUAGAGGAUUCCACAGCCAAAGUUGCCAGUCGCUCAGACACAGUGACAUGCCACUAUGCCCACUGCGAGCACCCCAGAGCAGAAAGUGCCUUGACCCCCAGCCCUCCACACAAGCCAGCCUUCCUCUCUCUAGCGGUCCCUCAGGCAGGAAGCAGGGGACGUAUUAGAGAGGGGGAGAUGUGCCCUUCUGCUGCUCGCUCAUGCGACCCUCACCCUUUUACCUCCCCUGGGCUAUAGGUGCUGCACUGGGCU